AUGAGUCCUCCAGCUUCGUUUCGAGCUGUAUACAAGCGGCUAGGUGAACAAGAGAUUGAUGUUGAUGUUUACCUGCCUUCUGUCGAGACUGAGACCACAAAAUGCCCAGUCUAUCUCGACCAUGUCUUUGCAUUCGGCACCUCAUCCGGCGGGCACUUAUCACUUUGUUUGGGGUUUGGUGUUCCUCGUCCUGUUGCAGGAAUCUACGACAUGUAUGGACCUAGCAACUUUGCCGAUGACUUCUGGACGACAAAGCUCGAGAGCAUGAAGCUGCCACCCGGACUCACAGACUCAUUGCUCAACAAAGUAUUUGACGAAGACCCAGUUCCCAUCACAGGAGGAGUCUCCCUUGAAGGUCAAGCAACAGGACCUCCAGAUUUCAGUGACCCCCGUCAAGCAUAUGCCCUGACACAACUAGCCAACGGGACUGUCCUCGAUGCCAUCUUCCCUGCGAAAGAGUGGAGCAAAGUCGACCCUGCUUUGAAUGUUGACUCCUCGUUUCCUCCGACUUUUAUAGUCCACGGCGAUGCAGACACAAAAGUCCCUAUUCAUCUGAGUCGAAAGUUGUUUGAAGUGCUGAAGCAGAAUGGUGUUGAGUGCGGGAUGGUGGAGGUUCCUGGGGAGGAGCAUACUUUUGCAGCCAAGAUGGAAGUGGGAUCUGUUACUUGGAAUCUUCAGCGACAGGGAUUCGACUUUCUGGAGUCUCUGAUUAAGUAG